AUCCUAGACCCUGUGUCAAUAGCAUUAGAUUCAGGAAUAUCAGGUGGUGCUUUAAUUUGUGCAUCUAUUCAUGUGGGUGAGAUUAAACCGGGUGGGUUGAGGGGGAAUCAUAGGCAUUAUACUUGUAAUGAGACUUUCUUGAUUUGGGGGGCUAGAACUGUUUUUAGAGUGGAGAAUGAUGGGGUUGAAAAAGGGUAUGCUCAAGUGACACUUGAGGCUGAUGAUGUUGCGGUUGCGGUUAGCCCGAAGGGUAUGGCUCAUGCUUUGGUUAAUGUUGAUUCGAGUAGGACUACGUACAUUGUUGGGUGCCAGGAUAGAGUGAUUAGUUAUAAUAGCUCGAAUUCGGAUUAUUUGAGAACAAUUUUAAAUGAGUUCCAAGCUCGGAUAGAGCUCACUUCAAUAUAG